AAGCCCCCUAACGUAGAUACAACACCACCCAAAAAAUAAUUUUCAUCAAAUAAACAUUAUUGCAACUAGUUUGGGUUUUUAUUAUAUAUUAACCCCAUAGGAGACGUCCAAAUCUUCCUGAAAUUCAUAUAAAUUAAGGUAUAUGGCCUCCAAAGCUAGCACCACAAAUCCACCUGUUGUCUCAAUACCACACUCUUCCUCUCAAAAGCCAUGAAGCCUCAAUUUCUCUUCCUCCUAGUCCUCUCCAUAACCUUCACCAUCAACAGCAAUCUUUUGGUCACUUCCCAAUCAUCAUCCUCACCGGAAACACUGAGAAAGAAACCAGAUAAUGAGACAAUAUACAAGAUCUCAAAGCAACUUUGUUUGGGUUGCAUUGGAGAGUCAAUAGAGUUCCUAUUUGAACAUAACUUAGUAAGGGCAGCAAAAUGGGAGCUUCCAUUGAUGUGGGAUUUUCAGCUGGAGAAAUAUGCGAGAUGGUGGGCUGGACAAAGGAAAGCAGAUUGCAAAGUUGAACAUUCUUUCCCAGAAGGAGAUUUCAAGCUUGGAGAGAAUAUCUAUUGGGGCAGUGGCUCAGAAUGGAGACCAGCUGAUGCUGUUAGUGCUUGGGCUGCUGAAGAGAAGUACUAUACUUAUGCAACAAAUUCAUGUGAGGUGGGUCAAAUGUGUGGGCACUACACUCAAAUUGUAUGGAAGACUACUAGGAGAAUUGGGUGUGCUCGUUCUGUUUGUGAUGAUGGAGAUGUGUUUAUGACUUGUAAUUAUGAUCCUCCAGGUAAUUACGUUGGUGAAAGGCCAUAUUGAAAGGUAGUAUAAUUAGAGUUAAUUGAUUAGGUGGUGUUUUGGGCGUGAAGUUAGUUACUAGUGUUAUUGAACAAAUAUAAAUGCAUAUGUAGGAUAGGAUUAGGAAGAAAUUAAUGGGAGAAGAUUUGUCAUAAUUAAUGUUUGUGGUUGCUUAAAUAAGAUCCAUAGGUCUAUUUUCCAUUUAAUAAAAUUUGCACUUGCUUAUAAAAAUAAUAAUGAGACAAAGACACGUGAGCGUGGAUUUUUUU